UGUUGUGUGAGAUUCCUCGUUCUUCUCUCUCCUUCCGAUGCGCGGAUAUAUAUCCGUCUUCUUUGUAAGUGCAGCAGAGAUGUACGAAAACGGAGCCUACCGGCCUACCGGCUGAUCGGCCAAUGGCAGCGUAUUAUCUGCCACGUUUCAAGGUGGCAGAGUGGCUUGUCAUAAACUCAUGACACGUACGUGUCGUACGGGAAAACCCUCGGGCCGCUGUAAGCGAUCGCCGCGUACCAUUUCCUCGCCGUCGUCGGGAAGAUGCAGAUGCUACGGCAACUGGACGUGCACCCGAAGGUGCGCGAGGAGGCAGAUAUCCUCGUGAGGACUUUCAGCGGUGCUAUCGUUACAAUCAUUAGUACAAUUAUCAUGGGCAUACUGUUUUUGUCAGAGAUAAACUAUUAUCUUACACCAACUAUGAGCGAGGAAUUAUUUGUAGACACAUCCAGGGGUUCUAAAUUAAGAAUCAACUUGGAUAUAAUAGUUCCUUCUAUAUCUUGUGAUCUUUUAUCGUUAGACGCCAUGGAUACAACGGGCGAACAGCAUUUGCACAUAGAGCACAAUAUUUUUAAGAGACGGUUAGACCUGAAUGGUAACCCCAUAGAAGAUCCACAAAGAACAAAUAUUACAGAUGCAAAGGCAAUGAGUAAAACUACAGAGAAGGCAGUGGAGAUCGGUUCUACUACAGAGCUCUGUGGAGAUUGCUAUGGAGCAACCACAGACACUAUGAAAUGUUGCAAUACCUGCGAGGAUGUAUGGGAGGCCUAUAGACGAAAAAAGUGGGCUCCGCCGGAUCCGGCUGACGUUAAACAGUGUCAGAAUGACAAAUCCAUGGAUAAACUCAAACAUGCCUUCACGCAAGGUUGUCAGAUUUACGGUUAUAUGGAAGUGAAUAGAGUCGGUGGUAGUUUUCACAUCGCGCCAGGCGCCAGCUUUUCGGUCAAUCACGUUCAUGUGCACGAUGUUCAGCCUUACACUUCAUCCCAUUUCAAUAUGACGCACAAGAUUAGACAUUUAAGUUUUGGGCUUAACAUCCCAGGGAAAACAAAUCCUAUGGAUGGCAUGACAGUGGUCGACAUGGAUGCCGCUAUGAUGUUUUAUCAUUACAUCAAGAUUGUCCCGACGACGUACGUUCGCGCGGAUGGCUCAACCCUUCUCACAAAUCAGUUUUCCGUAACGCGACACUCGAAAAAAGUAUCACUGCUCACUGGCGAAUCUGGGAUGCCGGGUAUAUUCUUCAACUACGAGUUGAGCCCGCUCAUGGUAAAGUACACGGAGAAGGCGAACUCGUUCGGACACUUCGCGACGAACACUUGCGCGAUCAUCGGUGGUGUGUUCACUGUGGCCGGUCUGAUUGAUUCGCUGCUCUAUCAUUCGGUACGUGCGAUACAAAGGAAGAUAGAGUUAGGAAAGUACAAUUAAACAUUUUGAAUCUGG